GACGACCCUUUAUCACAUUUCUUAUCAGUAAUUCUGUCUCAUUAGUUCUGACACUCGAUAAGGCCACAAGUCAUUUAAGAAGAAGAAGAAGAAGAAUUCUGUCUCUAUUUCUUUGGCUUAAAAAGUGUCAACAGAUUUAUGUGAAAAAAAAGGAAAAUGAACGAAUUCGUGGUUAAAGUGAAAGAAGGAUUAUUAAAAGGUGUUUCAAGGGAGAAUAUCGAUGGAGGAAAAUAUAUCGUCUUUCAAGGAAUUCCUUAUGCUGCAGCUCCGGUCGGAAAUUUGAGAUUUCAGGAUCCUCAACCACCGUUACCUUGGAGUGGAAUUCGAAAUUCUCUCGAGAAUGAGAAACAAGCUGGACAAAUUCACUUGAGAACGGGAGAAAUUAUUGGCGAUGACGAUUGUUUAUAUCUCAAUAUUGCAACAAAUUCCCUGACGGGAAAAAAAGCCGUAAUGGUUUGGAUCCACGGUGGAGCAUUUUCUUAUUCAUCCUCAGAUUUAAAUUAUUUCGGUCCGGACUAUCUUCUCAAAAAUGAUAUUGUCUUUGUCUCUCUUAAUUAUCGACUCGGCUUCUUUGGUUUCCUGAAUUUAAACACAAAAGACUGCAGCGGUAAUCAAGGUUUGAAAGAUCAAGUCUGUGCUUUGAAAUGGAUUCAGGAAAAUAUUGAAACCUUCGGAGGCGACAGUAAAAAUAUAACGAUAUUUGGUUGUAGUUCCGGAAGUACAUGCGUUCAUUAUCAUUGUAUUUCUCCACUCGCUAAAGGACUUUUCCAGAAAGCUAUUUGUCAAAGUGGAGUUGCUGUUAGUGAGAAUACUUUUCAAAGCUCUAAUAAGGAGUUUGCCUUCAAGAUGUUGGAAGUUCUAGGAAAGAAAAUUGACAAUCCGGAAGAAGCUGUGCAAUUAUUUCGCAAUUUUUCGACGAGAGAAAUUCUUCAAGCUGAAUUAAAAUUAGUGAAGGAACUCAGUGUAUUUUUUGCAAAUGCUCCUUUUUUGCCAACAUUGGAUAUUGACAGCGAAAAUCCUUUUUUACCACAACCAUUAGAAGUAUUAGUUGAAAACGGAAUUAAUGUUCCUCUGAUGAUGGGAUUCAAUAAUUUAGAGGGCAAUGUACUCAAUACUGAGAGAUCAGAAGAAGUAAUUAAGAUGUUUAAUGAGAAUUUUGGAAAAAAUCUUGCGUCACAUUUGAAUUUGGAUAAAACGAUUACUUUACCGGAAUUCGUUGGAAGAGUGGAAAAAUUUUAUUUUGAGAAAAAUCCGAUCACCAUUGAGGAAUUCAAGAAUAUAGUGAAAUAUCGAGGAGAUGUUUGUAUGAUAAAUGGUAUUCAGUUUAUCGUUGAAAAGCAAAGACUUAAAAAAACUCCUACAUUUAUGUACAGAUUAGCAUAUAAAAUUGCCGAUGUUGUCUCGGAAAGGAAUCCAAUUUUCAGAGAUUAUGAAGGCGCUGGUCAUGCUGAAGAUAAUUUUCUUCUUUUUUAUCGUCCACGAUUAGGUGAAAAACGACAAAUUAAAAAAGGAACAAAAGAUUAUUUAAUGAUGCAAAUAAUGACAAAAUUGUGGACAAACUUCGCCAAAACUGGCGAUCCAACAUCAGCAAUCGAUGACCUAAUAAAUAUCAAAUGGAAACCAAUUUCCAAUUGUCAUAAAUUUUAUCUGAAUAUAGAUGAAGAAAUUGCUUUAAAAGAAAAUCCAGAAGAGAAAUCGUGGAAUUUAUGGAAACCUUUUUGGUCAGUUAAGAAAACAAAUCAAAAUUAAUACAAUAUUGUUUUUUUCGAAAUCAAAGAAUUAAAAACAAUUUUCUAAAAAUAAAAAUUGGGAAAAAAAUUUAA